AUGCCCAUAAUUAAGCUUUCAUUAGAGAAGUACCAGGAUGCGGUAUCCAGCAGCGAAAAAGGCAAAACAAGAGAGCAGAUCGAAGGAAAAGAGAAGAAGAUGAUGAUGUCGAUCAAAGUUUAUCCACUAGCUGAUUGUGAUUUAAUAGUCUGUGAGAUAUUAAGCAGACUCCCUGCCAACUCACUUAUGCGGUUCAAUUGUUUGUGUUUGUUAUUGGCGGAAUUACUAAUACCAUCUGAUUCUGAAAGUGGCGAUGGAGGAGUAGCUGGAGCAGCUGUUCAGAGGAAAGUACCUCUUAAUAUAGGAGAUAAUACUAUCUCCCGAGUAAGGAUGCUCAAUAUUGUCAAUGGUUUGAUUUGUCUUAUGGACCCCGAUUCACAUCGUGCUCGUGUAUACAACCCUAGCACCAGAGAGUCGACACCUUGGAUCAAGUCAGUAGUUAUGCGAAAACUUGAAGAAAAAGGUAGGCCUUUGAAACAUGAUGAAACACUUGAUGCAUUUGGAUAUGAUCUUGCUACCAAGGACUACAAAGUGGUAUCCUUAUGGAGUCGUCGUGGUGGAAAUAACAAGGCGGAUGUCCUUUGUGAGAAACUUAGUUUGAGAAACAAGUCGUGGAAAAUCAUUGAUGCAGUCUCACCAGUUAGUCCUAACCUUAUAUAUCAUCUUACACAUCCUGUUUAUGCCAAUGGUUCCGUAUACUGGCUGCGGGUAGAUGGUAAACCGAUGGUGGUCGAACUAAACAUGAGUACCGAAAAGUUUAGAGUACUCUCAGUUCCUAACUCUGUCGUCUUUGGCUUUUGUGGCCAUUACAAGACUGCUGCAAUGGAAGCUCUCUUAACUAAAGAGGAUGUCCGUCCUAACAAGAGAAAGAGGGAACAUGAAGGUGACGUAAUACCCACGUCCACGGAGAUAUGUACACUGUACGAUGAUCAAGACAAGACAAAGAAUAGUACUGCCUGGACUCCGGCGUCAUCCGCAGUGUCACCUGAUUUUGAUUCAAGCCAAUUGCAGAGAUAUACUAUUGUACCCAUUCCAGGAACGGACCUAUUCAUUGUAAGAUCAUAUGACAAUUUCUCCUGUUUGCAAAUUAAAGAGAACGGUCGGUUGGUGUUGCUUUAUCUUUCAGGUGUUAUGUUAGUGGGGAUCAAACCAUAG